GACUCAGCAUUAGGCAGUGUCUGUUGAAGAAGGGUUUUUGUGAAAGCUGCCAGAUGAUUUCUUGUUGUAACUGUGCUGAAAUUGGUUUGCGAUGUGCUCAAGCGUGUUCUUGCUGUGGGCCGAUGCCAUCCUGCUCCAGCCUACUUGAUUGCUGCUGCCCAGAUAAGGAGAGUUGCAACUGCCUCAGUGACAACCAGUGCGACAGCUGCUUUGAUUGUUCAACCUGUGCAUCAUGCUGGGACGAUUGUUCGCAGAACAACUGCACUCAGUGCUCCGAUUGCUCAUCGCCAUCUCUGUGUAGUCCUGGGGCACUGUGCGACUGCCAGAGUUGUUCAUGUACCUGCACAACCCCAGAAUGUUCUACCAUCAAUUGCCUUUGUUGUGAAAUUACCAUCAAAGGAAGAGGAGGCCAGUAUGAUGGUUGAAGUCAGCCUAUAUUCAGGUUUUCAAGUUUGUUAUAUAUUAAGUCACUCUCCAUGUCAGUGCACUAUUUAUUCUUUUUUACUUCCAAGGUACAUGUUGAGUACAUUUAUUUUCUCAAGUUUUUAUAUUUUUUUAAAAAUCAGUGUCUUGUAUCAAGACAAUGCAUGGUGUGUUCUUUUUAAAUACAGUACCUGAGUUUGUUUGAUUUAAAUUAUGCGAAAUAAGUGUAAGACAAAUCUAAACACUGUGCAGUGUAUAUUGUGUAACUUCAGAGAUAUUUUGUAGUGGCAGAAAUUAUGUAAACAAGCUUAAAAUAUGUGCUAUUUACUCAUGUAUUAGUACAUAUUACUGCUGAGCUUGUGGAAAAAUUAACUUAUGUUCAGUAAAUUCAUUGUUUCACAUAAG